AUGAUUAAAGCUACAGUAAUCAUCCUACUGGCUACUGUAGUAUCAGCCUCCACUGUACCUACGACUGAUGUUCAUUACCUGGAACUAGUUGAAGAAGAGAAUAAAUUUUUCUUGAAUUCUAGCUUGUGUGACUGGUGUAAAUUACUUUUUGAAGAUCUGGUCAAGUACGGUAAUGAUGUAAACAAAGUUACUGUAGAGGAAAUUGAAAGCAUCUUGAACGUAUGUAAAAUUAGUAUUAAUUUUUUAACUUUAAAGCCCUACUGUAGCACUAUAUUGCCAUGCCCUGCCCAGAGCCUUAGUCAAGAGCCCUAGCCCAGAGCCCUAGCCCAGAGCCCUAGCCCAGAGCCCUAGCCCAGAGCCCUAGCCCAGAGCCCUAGCCCAGAGCCCUAGCCCAGAGCCCUAGCCCAGAGCCCUAGCCCAGAGCCCUAGCCCAGAGCCCUAGCCCAGAGCCCUAGCCCAGAGCCCUAGCCCAGAGCCCUAGCCCAGAGCCCUAGCCCAGAGCCCUAGCCCAGAGCCCUAGCCCAGAGCCCUAGCCCAGAGCCCUAGCCCAGAGCCCUAGCCCAGAGCCCUAGCCCAGAGCCCUAGCCCAGAGCCCUAGCCCAGAGCCCUAGCCCAGAGCCCUAGCCCAGAGCCCUAGCCCAGAGCCCUAGCCCAGAGCCCUAGCCCAGAGCCCUAGCCCAGAGCCCUAGCCCAGAGCCCUAGCCCAGAGCCCUAGCCCAGAGCCCUAGCCCAGAGCCCUAGCCCAGAGCCCUAGCCCAGAGCCCUAGCCCUAGCCCUAGCCCUAGCCCUAGCCCUAGCCCUAGCCCUAGCCCUAGCCCUAGCCCUAGCCCAGAGCCCUAGCCCAAAGUCCUAGCCCCAGUACUAGCUAUACUUUAAACUUGCCUACCCUACCUUCGUUUACAUUGAUUUACGUUACCCGCCCGACAUCUGCUUUAUGUUAUCUUAUUCUACAUUAUCUUUUCCUACAUUACCUUGCUUUGCAUUACUUUGUCUUACAAUACCUUGCUUUACUUUACCUUGCACUAUGUUCCAAAAAGUUUUAUUUUUAAAUUUUUUAAAUUAUGAAUUUUCAGAAAAUCUGCUUAAAAACAACUCCGAAGAAGCUUCAAUUCAUUUGCAACUUUACUGACAAACACUCAAAGGCAAUCAUCAACAAGAUAUAG